AUGGCCAGCCGAACUUACGAUGAUGCCGUUGGUCUGCUUAAUACACUUCAGACCCCACACAAAGUACUCAAUGAACGUGUGGCAGCCGGUGUCAGAAUCGACGAAACCGCAAAUAAUGAGCUGAGAAAAUGCCUCGCUCGGAUCGGCUACUCACCAAGCGAUCUGGACAAGCUGAACAUCGUCCACGUAGCCGGUACGAAAGGCAAGGGUAGCACUUGUGCAUAUGUCGACUCGAUUCUGUCGCAGUAUCGCAAGUCACAUGACGUCCCCCGGCGAGUUGGACUCUUCACCUCCCCGCAUCUUAUCGCCGUCCGAGAGCGAAUCCGUAUAAAUUCCGUCCCUAUAUCAGCCCCUCUCUUUGCGAAGUACUUUUUUGAAGUAUGGGACGCACUUGAUGGCGCGGGGGUGGGGUCGGAUGCGCCUCUGAAGAAGCCCCCCUAUUUCAGAUACCUGACAUUGAUGAGCUAUCAUGCGUUCCUGCAGGAGGGUGUCGACGCAGCUAUCUAUGAAGUUGGAGUAGGGGGAGAGUAUGAUUCGACGAACCUCGUGCAGCGUCCUGUUGCGACGGGGAUUUCGAAGUUGGGUAUCGAUCAUACGUUCACCUUGGGAGAGACGAUCGAUAAGAUCGCGUGGCACAAGGCAGGAAUUCAGAAGUCUGGAGUCCCGUCUUUUACGGUCAAGCAGCUACCAGCUGCCAUGGAGGUUGUUGAGAAGAGAGCAGGGGAGAGAGAUGUGAAGUCCCUGAAGGUAAUCGAUCUGGACCCAAGACUUCAGAAGGUGAAGAUUCGGCCGGAUGCGGACUUCCAAAGAUCAAACGCCAGCCUCGCAAUUGCCUUAGCAGAGACCGCUCUGAAGAAGCUGUAUCCCAAUUUCCAACUACCACCAGACUCACUCCCCAAAGAAUUUGUCGAUGGCUUGGAGGGAGUCGUCUGGCGUGGAAGAUGUGAGACGAAGGCAGAAGGCAACAUUACGUGGUUCCUGGACGGUGCACAUACGGAAGAUAGCAUUCUAGUAGCAACCCGCUGGUUUGGGGAGCAAUGCUCACAAAUACCCGGGACACGGGUGUUGAUCUUUAACCAGCAAGGCCACCGCGAAGCCGUACCACUCCUUGAAGGUCUAUUCAACGCCAUCAAGGCUCAGGGUCUGGUAAAAUUUGACCAUGUGGUAUUCUGCACGAGCGCCCCUCAGGAGAAGAACGGUUCCUCGAAAGAUUCUGUUAAUUAUUCUCUUGACAGCAACGCCAUUUCCGGACUAACCAUGCAGAAGACCUUCGCUGAGAAAUGGCGAGCUCUGGACCCUUCGCCUUCUACUACCAUCAAGGUGCUCCCUUGUAUCGAGGACGCUCUUGAGUAUGUUAGGGGAUUGGACUUGAAGAGCAGGGAAGCAGGUGAUGAAAUCGAGGGGAGCAAGGAGAUCCAGGCUUUGAUUACGGGGAGUUUGCAUUUGGUUGGGAGGGCUCUGGGAGUGUUGGAUGGCGUUGAUGCCGCAUAG